AUGUGUGUGUAUGUUGAAACUAAAAUUCAGGAACAAGAAUCACCUAUCACCGACACAGCCAAGACACGUCAAACAAGACAUCGAACACAAUCUCAAUGUCUUUUUUCAGGCUGUAGUAAUCGUACACGCGCCGAUUCUUUCUGCAGCGAUGUUUGUGCCCGUAAACACAAUGAAUCACUUGGUAUCACACCGGAACAAAAGCCUCGUACAACACGUCGUGCCAGUAUGCGUACAGCAGCUAUUUCCGUCUCACCUAAACAAAAAGAGGAUAUUAAGACAGUUCCAUCUGAUAAUGAACAACACGAUAAUGAUUCAGAUGCACACAUUGAAGAAGAAGAAGAAGAAGAAGAAAAGCAAAAAGAAGGUUCAAAGACACCACCUAUGGAUCCAAGCCAAAUGACAGAACAACAAAACCCUGUUCGUCGUAAUGUGAUAAAAAACCUUACGACCAUAUUGAAAUCACUGAUGAAUACAGCCAUGGAGAAGAAUCCAGACAUGUACGAUACGGACAUCACUGUGGACGAACGAGCCGAGAAUUUGGCCAAAUCAAUUGAAAACACUAUGUUACAAGAGUUAGGUGAUCUCGGUAAAGGACAACGCCAUCGCACUUGUGGUGAACGCUACAAGAACAAGUUUCGUUCAUUGCUAUAUAAUCUCAAAGACAAGGCCAAUCAAGUGUUUCAAUUACGUGUAAUCACGCAUGACUUGUCUCCCUCAGAACUAGUCAGUAUGUCUUCUGAAGAUAUGGCAAACCCUGAACUCAAAUCCAUGUCUGAACUUUUACGUGAAAAGGGCCUAAAAAACUCGGUGAUGAAACUCGAAAAUGUACCUAUUAUUAAAAAGACACAUAAAGGCGAUAUUAUUAUGGUGCCUAAAGAGGAGAAUCAAAAUAGCAUGUAUUCUGAACAAGUCCAACGCGAAUUGACCAAGAUUGAGACAAAGGCAAAUUCGUCUGUCGAAGAAAAGAAGCCAAGUAUCAGCAGUUUUAGUCCUACAAAUUCAAAUAAUGGUAAGGUCGAUCCAUUGGAUGAUAUUUUGGCACGCAUUGGUAUUCCAGCAAAUGAUGAAUCAGGCGUAAAAAGAAGCAGUAUCACAAUGGAUAAUACAGAUCAAGAAGCCAAAAAGAGAAAAGUGACAUUGGACGUAGAACAGUUAUUAGGUGAAGAAGAGCCAUUCAAGGUAGAUGAAGUAGACGUGAAUGAACCUGCAGACAAACAAGACAAAAAAGAAGAGGUAAUGGAAGUAAACAAAAAAGAAGUAUUGCCUACUAUUUGGCAUGGUCGUGUCAAUAUGCCUCAAGUAGCUGAAUUUGAAGCCUCUGCACGUCAAAUUGGGGGUCGUAUUUUAUCAGAAGCUGAAUGGAAUGAUGUCUUGUCACCUACUAUGUGGAUUGAAGGUCGUAUUCCUACUGACCGUGUUACUAACUAUGUGACGCAGACACAGUACUCAACCAGUCGUGAAAUCAUUUUAAUUGAAGUAGAAGCACAGGGAGGUGACAAUGAUCCUCAAAGUCAGACCUUGUUACGCUAUUUGGAUUCUAGGAAACGAUAUGCAGUUGUAGGACAUAACAAGACAAAGAUCAAGGAUUUCUAUUUAAUACCCUUGUAUAAAGUGCAACAAAUUCCUGAUUGCCUUUAUGUUGUGCGUGUUGAAGAGACAAAGCGUACAAGUGAUUUAUUUCUAGGUGUAUUAGUGCUUACAAAACAACAUCAACCAGAAAAUCCAUCAACCAAUAUUCCUCCUCAAUUGCUCAACGUUAUUUCUCAAAUACCAGCUAUUCAACAAAGCUCUUAUGUUUAUCCUUCCUCUCAACCUUAUCAAGAUUCUACUUAUACUUCAUCUCCGCAACAGCAACAACAACAACAACCAUACUACUACAGACAGAAUAAAUCUUAUCAAUAG